AGUCAGCAAAGAGCAGCUCUCUCUCCCUCUCUCUCUCUCUCUCUCUCUCUGUCCCUCCCUCAGACACCCCCACAUUCACUCCCUCUGUCCUACUCUAAACAAGCACAGCAUCUCUCUUCUUUUCCCCUUUCUUGACACACGGCAAUCAUGUCCGCAAACGGUGCCGACGGGGACAUGCUGCAGAUCCCUUUGGGGCUCAUCAACAGCGCGGGGAAGUAUCUGACUGCGGAGACUUUCGGCUUCAAAAUCAACGCCUCGGCCAGCAGCCUGAAGAAGAAGCAGACCUGGACACUGGAGCAGACCGGGGAGGACGGCAGCGUCGUGUUCCUCCACUCCCACCUGGGCCGCUACCUCGCCACGGACAAAGACGGCAACGUUACCGCGGACAGCGAGACGCGCGGCCGGGACUGCCGCUUCGUCAUCACCGCGCACGAAGACGGGCGGUGGUCUCUGCAGUCCGAGCCCUAUGGCCGGUACCUCGGCGGCAGCGAGGACCGGAUCACCUGCUUUGCGCAGACAGCCUCCCCGGCAGAGAAAUGGAGCGUGCACCUGGCUGUGCACCCGCAGGUCAACCUGUACAGCUUUGCGCGCAAACGCUUCGCCCACCUGAGCGCGCAGGGGGAGCGGCAAGAGGUGUCCAUAAACCGCGACAUCCCCUGGGGCUUCGACUCUCUCGUGACCCUGGUCUACCGUGACCAGCGCUACCACCUGGAGACCUCGAACAACCGCUUCUUGCGCAAUGACGGCAGCCUGUCCACUACCACGGACAAGGAUACCGGCUACAUGCUGGAGUUCCGCUCCGGAAAAGUGGCAUUCCGCGACUGCAACGGCCGCUACCUGGCGCCCGUGGGCCCCACCGGCACAAUGAAGUCUGGGAAAAGCACCCGGGUGGGGAAGGAUGAACUGUUUGGCCUGGAGCGCAGCCACGCGCAGGUCGUGCUGACUGCAGGCAACGAGAGAAACGUCUCCACGAGGCAAGGCAUGGACCUGUCAGCCAAUCAGGACGAGGAAGGAGACCAGGAAGUCUUCCAGAUGGAGAUGAGCCGUGAAGACAGGAAGUGUGCCUUCAGAACCGCUGCCGGCAAAUACUGGACUCUGUCAGCAAGUGGAGGACUUCAGUCCACUGCUUCCACCAAGUCGGCCAACUGUUUCUUCGAACUGGAGUGGCAUGAGGGUCGUGUGUGUGUGCGUGCAGCUAACGGCAAAUAUGUGGUCGCUAAGAAGAACGGGCAGCUAGCCGCUACUGUUGACAAUGCAGGGGAGGCAGAACAGUUCCUGAUGAAGCUGAUCAACCGUCCAAUCAUCGUCCUUCGUGGGGAGCAUGGUUUCAUCGGGGCUCGUAAAGCCGGAAUGGCGACCCUGGACUCCAACCGAGCAUCAUACGAUGUUUUCCAGCUGGAGUUCAACAACGGUGCUUACUCCCUUAAAGACUCCCAGGGGAAGUAUUGGUGUGUUGGAGACGACACAGCGGUGGUGUGCAGCAGCCCAACGCCUGUCCAGUUCCUGUUUGAGUUCUGUGACCUCAACAAGAUGGCCAUUUGUGCUGUGGGGGGGAAGUACCUUAAAGGAGACCAUGCUGGAGGGCUAAAGGCCAGCGCCGACUCCCUGGACAGCGCCACCCUCUGGGAAUACUGAGAAAGCACAGCUGGACUUCACUGUCUGUAACAAAGCUUCAAACUAUUGAUAGAUACUGUAGGUAGCUGGGUUUUUUUUGCAUAUGUAUGUGUGCCUGUGUGUGUGUGUACUUGUGAAUUUGUCUGGAUGGAUGUGUGAUGGAAAGUGAAGCUGAAAAACUGGAAGUCAUGGCACCAAAGCACUACAGGUGUUUUUAUUUUGUAUUAUUAUCAUUAAAACUCUUGUUACUGGGCUUUUUACUGGAGAUUAGGAUUUACAAUGACUGUUGCUUACUGAAUGAAUCAUAGUGUGGUUGCACAUUAUUUGUUUCACUUCCAGUCAAAUUUACACAAGCUGUACCUGAGAAAUAUCAGGGUGAUUACUGUUAUUAGUUGUGCCUAUCUGUGGUAACUACUGGUGUAACAAACAUGUCGAAUGCUAUAACUCAUGACUUACAAUAUCUAACCUUCUCCUGCUAAAUGUCCUGCUGGCUCUAUUGCGCUGCUUUCAUCUCCUGCUCUCUUUCGAACUAUAAAGCAUAACACACAUCAGAUAAAGGGAUGUUACUGAUUUACAUGUUUUUUGCUGUAAAUAAGGCUUUCAUUGUCACUGAAUGCUUCAAAAACAUAGUAAUCAUAGGAAACUUUGAGUGCAAAAGUAUGCCGAGGAUGUAAAGAAAGAAAUGGGAUGUGGCUGAUAUAACCAGUUCUUUGCCUGUAUGUUUCUCACUGCUCCUCUCCUUGUGCUUAGAUGUGCAGCUAGACAAAAUCUGUAUAUAGACAGAUGCAUCUACAGAAAGGUUUCACUCAGUUCUCUCUGGUUCCUCCGAUAAGUGCAAGGUUCUCAAUUAUACUUCAGGAGGAAACAAACAAAAAUGGAGAGCAAAGGUGCUGUCUUUGUUUAUGACCAUCCUUUCUUUUACAAGAAGUGAAAGGGAGGCGGUGGGUAAGGCCUAGUUACAACACAUUCAGAUGCACAUAAAUACAUUACAAAUAUGCAGUCGUAGAUACAUGAAUUCCAACUGUGAUACUAAAUCUGCACAAUUAUGUAGUUUCCAACUGCAAGAAGUUAAAAGCACAUGUUUGUUGUGACAAAAUGUCUGCCUUAGAUUGGGUGCUGCUGCUGGUGUGUAAACACAACGAUGGAGUCAGUCAUCUCUCUGGCUGUUACUGUGGCUGUGCCUUCCAUAGAGCAUUUUAGUCUUUUUCAUGUCCUUACAUUUGAACUGAAUGAAGUACAAACCCCCAAUAAAGAUUUCCCUCUCAA